CGUGCACAUGAAGAUAGAUGAGAAAAUUUCCUUGACGUGCGGCCGUGAUGGAGGGUUGCAGAACAUGGAGCUGCACGGCAUGAUCAUGCUGCACAUUUCUGAUGAGAAGUGUGCCCGCAUUCGCCUGCAUGUUGAGAACGAAGACAAGAGGGGAGUGCAGCUGCAGACCCAUCCAAACGUGGACAAGAAGCUCUUCACUGCAGAAUCACAGAUCGGCUUGAAGAACCCGGAGAAGUCAUUCCCUAUCAACAGCGACGUAGGCGUGCUGAAGUGGAGGCUGCAGACCACAGAGGAGUCCUUCAUUCCACUGACAAUUAACUGCUGGCCGUCAGAAAGCGGGAACAGUUGUGAUGUUAAUAUUGAGUAUGAGCUGCAAGAGGAGAGCCUCGAGCUGAACGAUGUCAUCAUCACCAUCCCCUUGCCGUCUGGGGUCGGCGCCCCAGUGAUCGGGGAGAUUGAUGGUGAGUAUCGCCACGACAGCCGGCGAAACCUCCUCGAGUGGUGCCUGCCAGUGAUAGAUGCCAAAAACAAGAGCGGCAGCCUGGAGUUCAGCAUAACAGGGCAGCCAAACGACUUCUUCCCGGUGCACGUCUCCUUCGUCUCCAAAAAGAACUAUUGCAACAUACAGGUUACCAAAGUGACCCAGGUAGAUGGAAACAGCCCUGUGAGGUUUUCCACUGAAACCACCUUCCUGGUGGACAAGUACGAAAUCCUGUAGUGCCAGCUGUGGGGAAUUGCAAAGGAAGAAAUUUUUAAAU